CUUGUUAUUGUAGGAGGGAAUCCAUACCCUGGUAUAAGUAACAAAGAAUUGUACAAGCUUCUAAAAACAGGAUAUCGCAUGGAAAAGCCCGACAUGUGUUCCGAUGAACUGUAAGUAUAGUUUUAGGCUACUUAUGAUGAUAAAUAUUUUGUGUAACGGAUAAAAAUGCAGCCUACAAGAAAGCUUUUUGCUGUGGAUUUUCCUUUCAGCUUUCCCUUCACCACGCGAAGCGCUAGCAGUCCUUAGCCUGUCCGUAUGUAGACAUUUUGUUUAACGCGUUGUUGACACUGUGUUACUGUUCCUUUGACAGGUUCCAGCUGCUAUUAGAAUGUUGGAAUGAGGACCCCAGCGCGCGACCGACGUUUGAUCUCGCCGCAAAAGCGCUGGAGAAGAUGAUGGUGAAGGGAACUCCUUAUUUGGAUUUGGAUUUACUUGAUGAAUCAAAGGCAUAUUACCGCGAGAAGCCUUUGGAAGAAGGUGACACAUCCUAA